AUGGAGAACGUCCCACAAAGCGGGAGUGGAAAUAACGAAGUAUACUAUCUCGGUAACCAACCCGAAUAUUAUUACCCUUCCGGCUACAAUACCUAUGCAGGUUAUACGGGUUAUACGGGUCAAAUUGAUGGCUCUUUCGAAUAUCAACCAGUCCAUGGGGAUCUAGGUCAACCGCAAGGGCACGCGCCGGAACCGUCACUAUCGCCAUACUACGUCCAAGACAAGUCUGGGUCUAGCUUCCCGACUGUUAGCAGUAAAUCGCUUCCUCCUCAAGCGCCCUCCCCACAUCCUACACAGUUCGAAUAUUCCAACGCCGAGGAACCUUUUCUAUUAACACCAUCCAAAUCAAAACCCCAAAUCAUCUCGACUCGCGGACACAACUGGAACUUGGAGAUAGGGGCGCUAGUUCUUAGUUUUAGCGCAUUGGCAGCCUUGAUUGCGCUGUUGAUAUACGUGGAUGGUCGCCCGCUAUCUGAUUGGAAAGGUUCUAUCUCGGUCAACGUCGUAAUCUCCGGCUUGGGGGCUGUGGCUCGAACAUCUCUAGGAUUUGCCAUCAGUUCGUGUCUUGGUCAAGCUAAAUGGAACUGGUUCAAAAAGCGACCAGACAACCUCGUCGCUUUUGAUAGGUUUGAUGAUGCUAGCCGUGGGCCAUGGGGAAGCUUAUGGCUUAUUAUUUGGCUUCGAAUCCGACAUUGGGUAGCCAUCGGUGCAGUCGUUACAAUAUUAUUAAUGGCUUUCGAACCAUUCCUACAAGCGGUUAUUUCAUUUCCAGGGCAGGUUGACCCGAGCGUCGAUUCUUCUAUGAUCCAACUCAGCCGCAGCGAGGCACUUGAUGUAGGCUCGUAUACUGGUGACCCCUCGACUGGAGUUGGGGGGCUACAACUGACGCCUUCUGACUUGACUAUAUCACUUGACCCCUUUGAAUCCCUGCCAGACUUGGGGAUGCUAUCCUCGUUCAAUAACGGAUUUUACAAUUCUUCAAAUCGUGAUAAGCAAACCACUUCAUUCACUUGUCCUACUGCAAAUUGUACCUGGCCGACAUUCACCUCGUUGGCCGUUUGUAGCUCAUGUAGCAACGUAACGAACCACUUACAACGCUUUUAUGAAUACGGAAUGAAUAAAGGAACUCUAUCCUCAAAUACUAAGGCGAUAACUGCAAACUUCACUAUAAACUCUUUACCAAGUCUCAACCUUUCAAAUCCGUCCGACAUUGACCUGGCCGAGGGUAAAACUCUUUUCUCCCUGGUUGCCUUCAUGUCUGCAACAAGGAUUACUGACCCGAAGCUUACCCUCGCAUAUCAAAACUUAACGACAAUGAUUACUGCAGUAGAGGUUCUAAGAGCCGCGCCGGAAUACGAAGCAGGAAAGCUGACAUGGGACGAGACUCCAGUUUCGGCAACCGAAUGUGCUUUAUAUUUUUGCACUAACGCGUAUGAGUCUAACGUCGAGAAAGGUGUCCUUACGGAAAACAUUGUGGCAUCUUGGGCUGAACGGAACUUUGAUUCUUAUCGUGACCUUGAGGACGUUAAGAACUUCGAUGCCUACGAGAAGUGGAAUAACUAUUCACUCUAUUCUCAAAACGGAGAUGUCAAACGAAGUAAUCUCGAAUUAUUCAUACCUGAUGAAGAUAUAGAAAAAUAUAAACUACCAGAAGAUGUUACUCGACGCUUCAACCUUACGGAAAACACUGUUGGCAGCACAACUCGCUUUGUCAAUGAGGGUCUCUUGAACAAAGUUAUGACUUGGCCUAUAGGACUAAACACCGAACCAAUCCCAGUUGCACAAGCUCUAUACCAAAGCCAAGAUUUAUCGGCUACCUUUGACCAGGUUGCCUGGACCGUGUCGAAUUGGAUGCGCGACAUUUCUGAUGUGAAAACACCAGGCGUUGGGCGAGAGUUAUUGCACUCUUCACCUAGUCUGCUAUCGAAACCUACCAACCCGGAUCCGCGAGAAAAUCCGGCGGACGAAUUAGCCCCUAAUGCUGACAUUAAUGUUGGUCAGAAGCGGUUCGCUGAUUUCGACUUGAAGGGCAGAGUCUUCGUCGUGACGGGAGCUGCAAGGGGUUUAGGUCUUGCUCUUGCUGAGAGCCUUGUUGAGGCUGGAGGAAAAGUUUACUGUCUCGACCGUGAAGAAAAACCUGAUGAGUACUGGGCAGAGGCUAGAAGACGAGUAGUCCCCGAAUGGGGAGGUUCGCUUCAUUACCGGCAGCAAGAUGUCCUUGACACAAAACACCUGGAUAAGACGAUAACGGAUAUCGCAGAUGAUAACGGGCGUCUAGACGGUGUCAUUGCUGCCGCCGGUAUCCAACAAAUUACACCAGCUGUCGAAUAUGAGCCGGCUGAUUCUGCUAAGAUGCUAGCCGUUAACUUCACAGGCGUAUUAAUGACCGCGACAUCCGCCGCUCGUCAGAUGAUGAAGUACAAAUGCCGAGGAAGCAUAUGUCUCGUAGCAAGCAUGAGCGGCAGCGUAGCCAACAGAGGCCUCCUAUCGCCGGUCUACAAUUCGUCCAAGGCCGCGCUGAUCCAGCUGGCGCGUAGUUUAUCAAUGGAAUGGAGCCCGAUAAAGGGCGAUGGCACGGGAGGGAUCCGCGUCAACUGUCUGAGCCCCGGACACAUCUUGACGCCUAUGGUACUUAAGAAUUUCGAGGAGGUGCCUUCUCUUAAGGACAAGUGGAAAGGCGAAAAUAUGAUGGGGAGGCUGUCGACGACGACGGAAUUCAAGGGCGCGGCGUUGUUCCUCUUGAGCAAUGCGAGUAGCUUCAUGACUGGAUCUAAUCUUGUGAUAGACGGUGGACAUACUUCGUGGUAG